GCUUGUCGGCUCCGCCAUCUGAGAGGCGACCUCGUGAACGAGCGAAAGUAAAAUCGGAGACUCGCGAUUCGCGAGUGUGCUGUGCUGCGACUGCUGCGAGUCGUGAUGGUCUUCGGUGGACAGAUGCACCUGCGGCGAAUUCUCCAGCAGCCACAGAUUGCUCGGCUAUACCACAUUAACGCCUCGAGAUGGGUGUCCCAGCCGCCGUACCAGAUUUUCAAGUACUCGGACACCGAGGUGACUUUGGCCGAUCCAGAAAAUCUGAAGCCGAAACCAGACGUGGGGUCGCUGCAGUUUGGCAAAUUUUUCACCGACCACAUGAUGCAGGUUGAGUUCAAUAAGAAACAGGGUGGCUGGCAGACUCCAAAAAUCAUGCCUUUCCAAAGCAUCGCACUGCAUCCGGCUGCGAAGGUCUUCCACUAUGCUGUUGAGUUAUUUGAAGGAAUGAAAGCCUACAGAGGCAAAGACGACAAGAUCCGCAUUUUCCGUCCAGACCGUAACAUGGAGCGCAUGAACGUGUCCGCCAUGAGGUCCGAGCUUCCCAUUUUCGACGGGGAAGAGCUCACUAAGUGCAUUUGCCGACUGAUCCAAAUCGACCAAGAGUGGGUGCCCCAUUCUAUGUCUUCCAGUCUCUACAUCCGCCCCACCAUGAUCGGAAUUGAUCCCACCCUAGGAGUCUCGUCCUCCGACAACGCUCUGCUAUUUGUGAUUUUGUGCCCUGUUGGUCCAUACUUCCCGGGCGGCUUCAAGCCGGUUUCGCUGCUGGCCGAUCCCAGGUUCACGAGAGCUUGGCCAGGAGGAUGCGGAGACCGGAAAAUGGGCUCCAAUUAUGCUCCCACCAUCAGAGUACAGGCUGAAGCUCUUGGCCUUGGUCUGCAACAGGUCUUGUGGCUCUUCGGCGAUGAUCAUCAGCUUACAGAAGUAGGCACCAUGAAUAUAUUUGUUCUGAUGUUGAAUGAAAAAGGAGAAAAAGUACUGGUGACACCUCCGCUUGACGGCCUGAUCUUGCCUGGAAUCACGAGACAGUCAAUUAUUGAGCUUUCCCAGGAGUGGGGCGAAUUCGCAGUUGAAGAGCGCAAAAUCACAAUGCCCGAAGUGCAGCAACUCCUGCACGAAAAGAGAUUGCUGGAGCUGUUCGGCGCUGGAACUGCUUGCGUGGUGUGUCCCGUGUCGUCGAUUUUAUACCAGGGGCAGACCCUCAAAAUUCCGACCAUGGCGCACAAAUUGCCUGUGCAUCAGCGCAUCCUGAAAACGCUCACUGAUAUUCAGUACGGCGAAGUGGAUCAUCCGUGGGCCCUGCGAAUCGACCAAGCCUAAACACACAAGUCAGUGUUCACAAAAUGCGACCCUCAGUGCAAGCACAACAUAAAUCAAAGAAAUGAAAUAUCCUAGGCUCAAAUGACGUACAUAUUUUGCCAAGCAGCUCAAAGAACUCGUAGCAUAUUUUUCACAAGUUGAAGGUUAUUGCCAACUUCUUAAGAGAUGUCCCGAGAAGCUCAAACCACGU